AUGGACUCGACGGGGUCUCAGGGAAAAAGUCCGCUCCAAAGUUUGGGAGCUUCAAACUCCCGGAUACACCACGCGCCCCUCCAGAUCGACGCCCGCGCGAGGAACAUGCGCGAGAUGAUCGAGGCUCAAGUUCCAGCCACCGCCGUCGUCACGCUCGUUCACGAUCGCCACGCCGGAAGCAUGACAGUUAUCGCCACAGGUCUCCUAAAGACCCAAAAAGAAUACACUAGCAGCAACAACAAGGAACGAAUCACCGCCCCAUCCGAACGCGAUGUAGCACGACCCAGUCGUUCUUCUGAGAAUGCCAGUGCCUCUAGCCCAGCGAGAAUCUUUUCUAACCCUGCGAAAACACUUUCUAGCGAGGACGAUGGCUUGUUCUUUGUGGAUAACAAAGGCGACCGGUUCAACCUCACGUACGGAUCCAGUCACCGAUACGCCAUACCCCAAUACAAGCGAUUUGGUGGCGGCUAUAUCCUUGGAACUGCGGACCGCAUCCGCCCCGACGAAGAAGUCUCCACCAGCCGCGACAGGCCACUUCCAGCAGCACGUUUCGGCGAACCCGAGUUCCGACUUCGUAGCAAGGACGACAAUGUUCUGGACAUAACCAAUGACUUUGUUUCCCUUGGUAUGCGGGAUAACACUGCAUCCGGCGCUAAUGAUGAUUGGGAAGCAGCACCGAAAGAGGACAUAUACCUAGCCACUGUCCGAAUUGAUCGCGAAAAAGAAAGAAUGGCCCGGAAUGCAGAGCUUUGGCGGGCCCUUGAAUCGAAUCCGCAGGACGUUGGGCUGUGGCUCAAAUUGAUCGACCACCAAGGCCUCCUGGUUCUUGGUCCGGAUGACGAGGAUAGUCGAACUCUUACCCUUGAUGAGUGGCAUGGUUUAGCGGAUAUCAAGAUCUCCCUAUAUGAAAAGGCCUUGGCAAAGGCUGGAGAAUCUCGGCAAAAAUAUCGGCUUGUCCUUGGUCGUUUACAAGAAGGCGCGCAACUCUGGGGGCCCCAGAAAUUGAUGGACGAGUGGAACACAUCUCUCCGGCAGAAUCCCAGUGAUCUCAAUAUAUGGAUCAAGUAUCUCGACUAUCGACAGGCCGGAUGCUCUGAGUUCGCCAUCACCGAACCAGGGCCAAUCAGAGACCAAAUCCAAGUUUACCUUUUUCUUCGCUCAACUGUCCUCUUGAGAGAAGCAGGAUAUGUCGAAAUAGCAAACGGUCUUUGGCAGGCAUUGAUCGAGUUUUGCUUUUUCCGUCCUGAAUUCCUUAUGGACGCGAAUGAAGACCGGGUCCUCGACCUCUUCCGUAUCUUUUGGGAUUCAGAAGCUCCCCGAGUUGGCGAAGCAAACGCAAAGGGAUGGAAGAAUUAUGUUGUCGAUAUCCCCAAGCGACCUCGGCCUCAAACGACUACCUUUGCGAAUGAGAUUCAGCCUUUGGCCCUCAUCCCGUCAUGGACCACCGCAGAGAGAGAAAGGAUGACCCAUUUUCCACUCCCAGGGCGAGUCCUAGACUCGGCAUCCCAUGAGACAACGGAUGAAGAUCGAAUUCUCAUGUUCUCUGACAUGGAGGACAUUUUGCGCCCAUUCCACCACCUAGCAGCCGCUCGAGUAGUUAUUGACGGCUUCCUGCAUUUCUGGCAGCUUCCGCAUACCACCACCCUUGAAAACUUCGACAAUUCGCGCCAUUGGGACUGGGAUCCUUUCUUGAAGAAUGACGGAAUCAGCGAUGAUUCCUUGCUGUCGGGUUGGAUGCCCCCAAACGAUAAUGAGAACAGUCGCACUCCGCCAUCUCCCCUUACUUGUCCUGUCUCGAAUUUCAUUCAUACAACCUCAACUCUUUUCACAUCACCCAAAAACUGGUUCAACUCGUUCCGUGCUGAUGGUCCUCACAAUCAGGCUCCAGCACUUUGUCCAAAUCGAGAUUAUCUACGACACACUCUUCGAGCAUUGGUAGACAAUAUGGCAGACGAUGAAAUACUAGCAGAAUAUUAUGUGGCUUUCGUGUACGCUUUUGAACUCUCUGCUGCGAUGGACGCAGCCAAGAAAAUGGUCAAGCGAAAACCCUGGAGUCUGAGGCUUUGGAACGCUUGUGCUUUGGUCUCUUACGGAACCCAGGAUCACAGCAAAGCUCGAGCUAUCUGGGCGAAAACACUUUCCAAAGGGGUCUCUAGUGAGCUCAUGACAGUUCAGGCAAGCAUGCUCUGGAACUGUUGGAUCUGGACGGAAAUUGAACAAGAAAGGCUUGAUUCGGCCCAAUACAUUUUGCACUCAAUUCCGGAAGGCCAUGUUGAACUGGGACAUUUUCCAGACGAAACCCACGCACACUCAGCUCCCUUGAGCGCGACUACGAGGAAGCGGACGUAUGAGUAUCUUCGUGAAUGGCAACGCCGCGCUUUGUCACAAAAGCACUGGCUCGAAUAUGUAGCGUACACCGACUGUCUCGCGCUUUCCUACUACACCUCUGACUCACCUUUCAAAAAUUCUAUUGAUGUUUACGACCAGGCUUGUCAUGAGGUUGCCAGCCUCUCUGAUGCUUCGGCAAACUUCAAAGCACUCGUCGCCGAGCUGAUCCAUCAGUCUCGCGCGCGUUUGCUCUUCCGGUAUGUCCAGCGAGGCACGAAAAAGGAUGGCAUGAAGCCCAAAGAGUUCCGCGGCUGGCUCAAGGACAGCGUCACGCUUUUCCCCCACAACAGCAUCUUCGUCGCGGUCUUCAUGUGGAACGAGUCCCGCAUUCUCAUCAUGGACCGGAUCCGAGACUCCUUCGACAUCACUCAGGGAGACACCGCCUCCAGGUACAAGCCGGACGACAAGAUUGCGCUAACGCCCCAGAGCGUUCCGGUCUCCAACUAUCUAUACCAGAUCUACCAUGAGUUCUGCCGGUCAUCGCGUUCAGGGGCCACGCGCUUCUCCGUUCGUGCAGCGUUCGAGAAGGCAUUGGGAGAGGCAGCAGACCCUCGACGCCCAGUCCGUGCUGGCGGGACAGCGGUUCGCCAUCUGUUCGGCAGCGACAGUGCCCGAACGAGUGUGACGAUCUGGAAGCUCUACAUUCUGUACGAGCGUUACGAGGCAGUGGACCUUAAAGCCGCGAAAGCGGUCUACCUGCGUGCGCUUGUGGCAUGUCCCUGGUCGAAGGAGCUGGUGAUGAUCGGGUUUGAACACCUUUGCAACGGCUCUUCGGGUAUUCCAAUGGAUCAGUCUGGCCUGGGCCUUGCACCCGAGGAGCUGAAGCAGGUGUACGAACUGAUGACGAUGCGGGAGCUGCGUAUCUACCUUGACAUCCAGCGUCGCCUUGAUGAGCAGUUCCGCCCGGGUGGGAGGAACUUCCGGACUACGACGACUCGGAGGAAGAGUGAUUGA